AAGAAACUGCUGACGUAUUAAUUGAAACACUUAGUCAAGAUAAGGAUCCAAUUUUACGAUAUGGUGGUAUAUAUACGGUUGCAAUGGCAUACUGUGGCACCGGAAAUAACAAAGCUAUUCGACAUUUGUUGCACGUGGCUGUUAGUGACGUCAACGAUGAUGUACGUCGAGCUGCUGUAACAGCUCUUGGAUUUAUUUUGUUCAGAACACCGAAGCAAGUUCCUCGAAUAGUACAAUUGUUGUCGGAAAGUUAUAAUCCAAACGUGCGGUAUGGUGCUACAUUAGCAUUGGGAAUCUCGUGUGCUGGAACUGCUAUUGAACUUUUAGAACCUAUGACUAAAGAUCCAGUUGACUACGUUCGACAAGGAGCAUUUAUUUCACUUGCUAUGAUUUUGAUACAACAAAACGAUGCAACUAAUCCCAAAGUAACACCAACACGAAAAUUAUAUGAAAAAAUCAUAAAUGACAAACAUGAAGACGCAAUGGCAAAAUUCGGUGCCGUUCUAGGGCAAGGAAUUAUUGAUGCAGGCGGUCGAAAUGCAACUAUAUCUUUACAAUCAAGAUCUGGUCACUCUAACAUGCCAGCUAUUGUAGGAAUGGCAGUAUUUACACAAUUCUGGUAUUGGUUCCCAUUGACGCAUUUCUUGAGUUUAGCUUUAUCACCCACUGCAAUUAUUGGUUUAAACAAGGAAUUGAAGUUCAUCUCCAAUGCAAAACCCUCACUUUUUUCUUAUCCUGCAACAACUAAACCUCCAGCAACUAGUGUUGUAGAAAAGGUAGCAACUGCGGUGCUUUCUACAACGGCAAAAGCAAAAGCUAGAGCAAAAAAAUCUGAAAAAGAGAAAGGUACUCAUGAAGGAGAUGCAAUGGAUAUG